GGACAGACUUGAAUUUAUGUGGAAUCUUUCACAAUCACUGGAUGUCCCAGCUACCAAUGGCGUGGUGUUGAAAUGUGGUCACUGUCGUAAUGUUUUAAUAGUGACCAAUGUCAUCACAGCAAACGCCCACAUACUGCAAUGACAAGAUGAUUUUGUUUGUGGUUAUUGACUGAGAAACUGUUGUAGUCUCUCUUGACAUUGAUCAUUGAUAAUUUAUUUGAAUUCCCAGUGACCCACUUAAAGGUAAUGCGUGAAGGAUUUCCGAUUGACAGGUACUCAAGAAGAUGAAGCUGAGGAAAUACAUGAAUGGGCUUCAAGUAUGGUGACUGCUUCAGUCAUUCAUUGGGUCUCAUGAACCACUGAUUCACUCCUACAGAUGAAGAGCUGCUCGAGUGUGAGUUUUGUGAAGAGGACUCCACAGUUUCAUAAGAUCUCAUAACAUGCAGGCUUCAACUCUGAAGAGCCAUGUGGCAUUGAAACUGUUUGCAGUGGAGUGUGUGACCAGGACUUCACACAGUCACUAACAAUCCUGAGAAACAAGUGUAUCCACAUUGGUGAAAAAGCUAUUCGGUUUGAGAUGUGUGACAAAUCAUUUUUGGAAGUUAUUGACCCUCAACAGAUACCAACAUAUUCACAGAUGUGAGUAGUCAUUCAUGUGUGGGUGUCUGACAAAGCAAUCUCAUAAUUAAAAUACUUCUGAAUACCCCAACAAAUUCAAACAGGGGAGAAGUUGCUCAACAUGUAAGCUGCAUGCCAAUCCGUUUCACUGUCGUCAAGGCUCCUGGCCCAUUAGAUAACCCACAAAGGAGAGACACUCUUCAAAUGUGAGGUUUGUGAUGAAGCUUUCUGAACACUUGCAAACUUCCUGAUGCACCACCAGACGUUUCAUAUGGGAUAACAACUCUCUGGAUGAGGUUUGUGUGCUGGCCUGUAUCCAAUUUUUCAAUUUUCUGACACACCAGACAAUUCACACAAUGGAGGAGCCCUUCAAAUGUGAGGUGUGUUCCAAAUCAUUCUCACAGUCAGUGAACCUGCAUGCUCACAAGUGCAUUCAUGCAGGGGAGAAGUCAUUCACGUGUGGCAUAUGUGACAAAGCCUUCACACAGUUAUCCAAUCUUCUAGUACAUCAGACAAUCCACACAAGGGAGAAAGACUUCAAAAGUGAAGUGCGGAGUGAGAGUUUUGGACGAUUAUCGGAUCUGGUGCAAUGUCAACAUAUUCACACUGUCCAGAAAUCCUUUGAAUGUGAAGUCUGCGCCAAGUCAUUCUUACGGUCGUGGAACCUCCGCACUCACCAACGCAUUCACACCGGAGAGAAACCAUUCACGUGCCCUGAGUGUGACAAAUCAUUCUCACAGUUAACAAACCUCCGUGUACACCAACAAAUUCACACAGGGGAAAAGUCAUUCACGUGCAAGGUGUGCAACAAAGCCUUUACACAGUUAUCGCACCUCCAAGUUCAUCGAACAAUCCACACAGGGGAGAAACCAUUCAAAUGUGAGCUUUGUGAUAAAGCUUUUGCAACAUCUACAAGGUUGCUGACACACCAGAGGUUUCACACAGGGGAAAAGCCCUUCAAGUGUAAGGUUUGUAUGAUGGCUUUUGUUCAAUCGUCUGAUCUCCUAACACAUGAAAGGAUUCACACAGGGGAGAAACCUUUUAAGUGUGUGUUGUGUUGUGAGGGCUUUGGAAGAUCGUCAGACCUGGCAAGGCACCAACGCACUCACACUGGUGAAAAACCGUUCACAUGUGAGGAGUGCGAUAAAUCAUUCUCGCAAUCAUCAAGCCUCCGUGCUCACCAGCGCAUUCAUACAGGGGAGAAACCCUUCAUCUGUGAGAUAUGUGACAAAUCAUUUUCAAAGUUAACGAACCUCCAUAGACACCAACGAAUUCACACAGGCGAGAAACCCUUCAGAUGUGAGAUUUGUGACCUAGCCUUCACGCAGUCAUCACACCUAAUACAACAUCAAACAAUCCACACAGGUGAAAGGCCUUUCAAGUGUGAGAUGUGUGACCGAGCAUUCACACAGUCAUCGAGCCUUCUGCGACACCGGAUAAUCCACACAGGGGGGAAUCCCAUUAAGUGAGCUGCACAAUGAUGGAUUUGGACAUGCAAUCAAACUUGUGAAAUCUGUGUUGUCUUUUGUUAAAUAAUGCACAUUUGUCAAAAUGACUGCUAAUUUUAUUCUGAAUUAUUGUUUCUCACUGAUAUUAAA